AUGAGCGUGAAGCACCUGCUGAUGGCCGCGAUGCUGGUAGCCGUCGCAUGCUCGGUGGCCAUGGCGUCGGAUGCCUCGAGCUGGUCGUCCUCGAGCGCCCCAGCCCACGGAUCGGUCUCCCUUGUGACCAUGCCGACAGCGCCGUCCAGCAAGAGCAGCAUCAGCUCGUCGAGUGCAACUGGCGCCAAUGAGACGGCGUCUACCACCUCCACCACAACGAACACUGUGAACACGGCGGCAUCUUCGUGCGCCGUUUCGAAUUGCGUCACCUGCUCGAGCACGAACCCGAACGUCUGCACGACGUGCAACCCCGGCUACGCCGUCGACCGCCUUGGACAGUGCAUGGUUGUCGGCUCCUGCAACGUUGCCCACUGCGUCACGUGCCACGCAAACGACAACGCGCGUUGCUUGAGCUGCGCCUCGGGCUACAUGCCGACGGCCUCGUUCAAGUGCGUCCCGGAGCAAUCAAAAAAUGCGGCCCUCCGCACUUCCUCCAUGGUCGUCUCUGUCGGUGUGGCAUUGGUGGGCACUGCGCUGACUAUGGCCUAA